CUCACUGAGCAAGGAGCGCUCCUCUCAGUAGCAAACAGGACAGGUGCUCCGGUUACUGCUUCUAAAGCACAACCCAGAGUAGAAGAUCAUUGCCUGGAUUAUCUAGAUUGGUAGAGAGAGGGAGAUACAAUUCCCUUACAUCUGAGAUGCCAGACAGUGAGGAUCUGGGACAAGAUGAAAGCUGGGAAGUCAUCAGUUCCAGGCAAGACUACAGACCCAGAAUAAAUCAGUGCAUUUCAGAAACACUGAUGAAUUUAUUUGUAUUUCUUCAAGAAAUGUCCCACUUCAAGGAACAAAACCCUGGCAAGUUUUGCCUACUAGUCUGCAGUGUAUGUACAUUUUUCACUGUCUUGGGAAGUUACAUUCCUGGAGUUGUCCUCUCCUAUGUCCUGCUUUUGUGUGCCUUUUUAUGUCCCUUCCUUAAGUGCAAUGAAUUUGGACAGAAAGUCUGCUACAAAAUUAAGACUGUUCUGAUGAAACUAGAUUUUGGAAUAGUGGAAUAUAUCAACCAAAAGAAAAAAGAGAGAUCUGAAACAGCAAAAACAAAACCCACAGAAGAUGACAGUGAAUUAGACAUAUCAGCCCUGUGUCCUAAGGUUAGUCCUGCAGUUGUUGCCAAAGAGCUGUCCGUGUCCGACACAGAUGUAUCAGAAGUAUCUUGGACCGAUAAUGGGACCUUUAACUUAUCCGAGGGGUAUUCUCCACAGACAGACACAUCUGAUGAUUUUGACCGACCGAGUGAUCAUGAAGAAGCAUUCGCUAGAGAUCUUUCAGAAUUUCCCUCUUUAGAAAACGGUGCUGGAACAAAUGAUGACGAUGACUCAAGCAUUGGUAUGCCCAUCCAGCAGAAACGGAAAACAGAACAAACCUAUUUCAAGGUGGAUCAUGCUCCCAGACAGAGCAAAGAGAGACCGUCCACUGCAGGGCUCUCCUUGCCUUUGACCAGUGACCAAACCUUUAAUUUAAUGAGUGGCAUUGCUGGGGAUGUCAUCGCAGCUGCGGUGUCUGCUGCCAUCAAAGAGCAGUUGCAGCCCGCACAGCAAGCUCCCUCACGGGCAGUGUCCAGUUUGAGCGAGGAGACAGACACAGAGGAAGGUGACGAUUUUGAACUGCUUGACCAGUCUGAGCUUGAGCAGAUUGAGAAAGAAUUGGGACUUUCACAAGGCCAAGAAGCAGAAUCCCAGGAAAAGAAAAAGUCUUCAGGCUUCCUUUCAAAUCUGCUUGGAAAUCAUUAACCUGGAAAUCUCCACUGGUAACAUA